UAAAAAUUUUCGGAGACAGUUCACUAAUGUUAGAUAAUUUACAACAUACGUUACCAGUCAUAAGCUGUUUGAUUAGAAUCAUCAUUUUUUGGUGGAAAAAAGAAGCUAAUAUACCAAUUAUGAAUAUGAUUGUGAAGGAUUGGAUAACGUUAAAAAGUGACCAAGAGAGAAGCAUGAUGAUCCAAAGAGCGCAGAAUGCUCGUAUAAUUUCUAUUUGCUCUUAUUGUAUAAUGACAUUAGCGUGGUUCUUCAUCACAGUAUUGCCAAUUUUUGGAAUGUCAAUAAGACUGACUUCUAAUAUUACUGAUCCAGGAAAACUAUUGCCAGUACAAACUCAUUAUAUUUAUGAUGUAACAAAAAAGCCGCAUUACGAACUGACAUUUAUUAGUCAAGUCAUAUACGCAGCAUUUGCCAUGAUAGCCUAUUCUGGAAUAGACAAUUUUCUUAGUCUUUUAAUUUUUCAUGUAUGCGGCCAAUUAGACAUUCUCAAAAAUCGUUUGACACAUUUGGAUAAAUACAUGAAUUGUCACAAAAUGCUAAAAUGCUGCAUUGCAAAUCAUAAUCGUUUGCUUAGAGCUAUUGAUGUUAUUGAAGAUACAUAUAGUAUAAUACUUUUUUUCUUAUUUAUAUAUCAUGCAAUUCUCUUCGCAUUCUUCGGAUUUCAGAUGAUUAGUCUAUUUGAUAAAGGAAAUGAUAUGUCGAUCGCUCAUUUAAUAUAUUUCUUCUCCAUCGUUAUAAAUUUAUUUGGACAUAUGUGCCUAUAUUGUGCUCUUGGUGAGAUUUUGAUAGUCCAGUGCAAUAAAAUAUAUUAUGCUGCAUAUAACAAUAAAUGGUACACUCUAAAUUCAAAAACUGUAGAAGAUUUGUUGCUUUUAAUGACAAGAGGUUCUAAAUCAGUCUGUCUCACCGCUGGAAAAGUGUCACCAGUUACAAUGACCACAUUUUGCAGUGUAAGUUUAAUGUUUGAGAAUUUGACUUGA